AUGGACGUUUACGACCCCCAAACCCUCGGCUUCAUGGUCUUUGGUGUAUUCAUGGUGAUCUCCGCCAUCGGCAUUGCUCUGGUCUCCACACUCUCCAUGAAGGAGACGUCGUACGAGGAGGCCCUGGCCAAGCACCGCCGCGAGCUGGGCAAGUCUGCCCAGAUCCAACUCUCUCUGAAGAAUAAGAAGAAGCAGAAAGCGUUGGAGAAUAAGAGCAAAGCCAAGAAGAAAGAAGAGCGGCCUAACGGGAAUCUCCCAGAACCGGUCGCAGAGUCCACUAGCGAGCCCGAACCCGAACCUGAGCCUCUCGCCGCCCCUGAGCCUGAACCCGAGCCCAUCGUUGCUGCCCCGGAGCCUGUCAUAGUCGCCUGUGCUGCCCCUGCCCCAGUGGCCGUGGAGGCCGCCGCCCCCUCCCCGAAGAAGAAGAAGAAAGUGGCCAAGGUGGCGCCGGCCCCUGCCAAGCCUGCCGUCGUCCCGGAGACCAUCGCCAAGGAAGUGCCUGUCAUGGUCGUGCCACCUGUGGCGGUUGAGGUUGCCCCGGUGACUGCCGCGCCCGCUCCUGUUUCCAGUGACACUCCCGCCACACCCGUUGCCAAGGCAGAGGAGCUCAAGGCUGAAGCACCUGCUAAGAAGAAAAAAUCCAAGGCAAAGGCUGAGCCAGGUUGAUGAAAUUGUUACUGUUUUAUUUAUAUGAUAACUCGUAAUGUAAAACUAUUGCAAUUCAUGUACUCUAUAAACCAGGAUUGGGGUCAAUUUGAAUGACAUUUGUAAUUUUUUAAUUUGAGUCAUUUAGCAAACACUCUUAUCCAGAGGAACUUACAAGAGCCAUUAGGGUUAAGUGUCUUGCUUCAGGGCACAUCGACAGAUUUUUCACCUAGUUGGCUUGGAUUUGAUUUGAACCAGCGACCUUUCAGUUACUAGCCCAACGCUCUUUACCACUAGGCUACUUGCUGAAUUCAGGUAAGUCAAUUCAGGAAGUUAAUUGAAUAUAAAAUUGAGGAAUGGAAAAACGUUUAACAUAAAUAGUUUCUCCUUUUAUGUUGAUCAAGAAGUCAUUGAAUGGCCUUUUUUCAAUUAUUGAAUUAGAAAUUCAGACAUUUCUAUUCGAAAUUGACCCCAACCCUGCUAUCAACAGCUGCAUUCCAAUAGGAAGUUGUUAGCUCAGUCUCUCUCUAGUGAAGCAUUGGUAUUAUGAUGAAAGGUCAAUUGAAGCAAUGGGUUCUGGUUGUGGAUUAGACCCGACGUCAUCUACGCUGAACAAAAAAUAUAAACGCAACAUGUAAAGUGUUGGUCCCAUGAGCUGAAAUAAAAUAUCCCAGAAAUGUUCCAAAUGCACAAAAAGCUUAUUUCUUUCAAAUUUUGUGCACAAAUUUGUUUACAUCCCUGAUAGUGAGCAUUUUAUCCUUUGUCAAGAUAAUCCAUAUCAAGAAACUGAUUAAACAGCCAUAUCAUUACACAGGUGCACCUUGUAUUGUGGACAAUAAAAGGCACUCUAAAAUGUGCAGUUUUGUCACACAACACAAUGCCACGGAUGUCUCAAGUUUUGAGGGAGUGCGCCCCUGCCCAGUCAUGUGAAAUCCAAAGAUUAGGGCCUAAUGAAUUUAUUUCAAUUGACUGAUUUCCUUAUGAACUGUUACUCAGCAAAAUUGUAGAAAUUGUUGCACGUUGCGUUUUUAUAUUUUUGUUCAGUAUAGAAUUAAAGAUCACAUGGCCCCUCAUUCUCCUAAGACUUCCCCCUUUCUAACAUCCCCAACUUAUUUUUUGUUUACUACUAGGGUACAGUAAGUCAUACAAGUAAUUUAUCUAAGAUAACCUGGUCAUUCAUCCAAGUAAUGAAAUAGUAAACCAUCCAAGUUAUAGAAAAGUAAGUUUAUUAUUCAACUUGUAAACUAAACUUAGCAAAAAAAGAAACGUCCUCGCACUGUCAACUGCGUUUAUUUUCAUUAAACUUAACAUGUGUAAAUAUUUGUAUGAACAUAACAAGAUUCAACAACUGAGACAAACUCAACAAGUUCCACAGACGUGACUAACAUAAAUGGAAUAAUGUGUCACUGAACAAAGGGGGUGUCAAAAUCAAAAGUAACAGUCAAUAUCUGGUGUGGCCACCAGCUGUAUUAAGCAGUGCAUCUCCUCCUCAUGGACUGCACCAGAUUUGCCAGUUCUUGCUGUGAGAUGUUACCUCACUCUUCCACCAAGGCACCUGCAAGUUCCCGGACAUUUCUGUGGGGAAUGGCCCUAGCCUUCACCCGCCGAUCCAACAGGUCCCAGACGUGCUCAAUGGGAUUGAGAUCCGGGCUCUUCGCUGGCCAUGGCAGAACACUGAUAUUCCUGUCUUCCAGGAAAUCACUCACAGAACGAGCAGUAUGGCUGGUGGCAUUGUCAUGCUGGAGGGUCAUGUCAGGAUGAGCCUGCAGGAAGGGUACCACAUGAGGGAGAAGGAUGUCUUCCCUGUAACGCACAGCGUUGAGAUUGCCUGCAAUGACAACAAGUUCAGUCCGAUGAUGCUGUGACACACCGCCCCAGACCAUGACGGACCCUCCACCUCCAAAUCGAUCCCGCUCCAGAGUACAGGCCUCGGUGUAACGCUCAUUCCUUCAACGAUAAACGGGAAUCCGUCCAUCACCCCUGGUGAGACAAAAUCGCGACUCGUCAGUGAAGAGCACUUUUUGCCAGUCCUGUCUGGUCUAGCGACGGUGGGUUUGUGCCCAUAGGCAACGUUGUUGCCGGUGAUGUUUGGUGAGGACCUGCCGUACAACAGGCCUACAAGCCCUCAGUCCAGCCUCUUUCAGCCUAUUGCGGGCAGUUGUUGUUGCCAUCCUGUACCUGUCUCGCAGGUGUGAAAUUCAGAUGUACCGAUCCUGUACAGGUGUUGUUACACAUGUUCUGCCACUGUGAGGACGAUCAGCUGUCCGUCCUGUCUCCCUGUAGCGCUGUCUUAGGUGUCUCACAGUACGGACAUUGCAAUUUAUUGCCCUGGCCACAUCUGCAGUCCUCAUGCCUCCUUGCAGCAUGCCUAAGGCACGUUCACGCAGAUGAGCAGGGCAUCUUUCUUUUGGUGUUUUUCAGAGUCAGUAGAAAGGCCUCUUUUUAGUGUCCUAAGUUUUCAUAACUGUGACCUUAAUUGCCUACCGUCUGUAAGCUGUUACAGUCUUAACGACCAUUCCACAGGUGCAUGUUCAUUAAUUGUUUAUGGUUCAUUGAAGAAGCAUGGGAAACAGUGUUUAAACCCUUUACAAUGAAGAUCUGUGAAGUUAUUUGGAUUUUUACGAAUUAUCUUUGAAAGACAGGGUCCUGAAAAAGGGACGUUUCCUUUUUUGCUGAGUUUAGUAAGUAAUCCAAAUGAUAGACAAGUAGUACAUCAUAAAAAAUAUAAAUGAGUCAUCCAUCCUGUAACCCCUGACAUAGGUAACUCCCUGGCACACUUAUCAUCCUCACUCACACUCUCUGCUUAUAGUGGUUGCUGCCGUUGACUCUGCGGAUGCUCCCCUCCUCCUGCCAUACAAGACUCUCCUGUCCACCGUGAGCAGCAUGACGUUCAGCGAGGGAGAGACCCAGAGGCUCAUCGAAGUGCUCAGUGACAAGGCUGGCCUCGACUCCUGGCAACUGGUACAGUAUUACCCUCCAGACUGGCUGACUGCAAGCAUUACAGACAGUGGCUUGUGGCCGAGCCACCUCCGCAUUCCCUUUAGUAGAAAUGCAGGCACAUACAUACAUACAUACAUACAUACAUACAUACAUACAUACAUACAUACAUACAUACAUACAUACAUACAUACAUACAUACAUACAUACAUAGAAAGGAGGCGUUUUCUGAGACAAGAUUGAGAAACCUUGGUUACGGUUAAAAUGUACCAGACAUGAUUGUGCAUGAUGGAAUAUCUUUUGUCUGAGUCAAACAGUCAUUAUGUGUAGUCAUAACGUACAUACACAUACUUCUAAAUUGCAGAAGCCUUUGAAUGAAUUAAGCAUAGCAACAUUUCAAGUAAUAAACAAUACUGUAGCUUUUUUUCCCUUUCACACUUAUUUUAAUAUUGUAAUUUUUACACCCCUAAAUAUGUAUCAUCCUAGUAGUUUUGGAAGCCCCUUUGUUCCGAUAUUUCCCAACUGAGAGGUUAUAUUGAUUGUAUCCCAAAUGGCACCCUAUUCCCUAUAUAGUGCACUACUUUUGACCAGAGCCCUAUUGACCCUGGUCAAAAGUAGUGCACUCUAUAGGAAAUAGGGUGCCAUUUGGGAUGCAGUCAUUCUCUGGCUUAUCUUAACAUUUGUAUUUAUUAUGGAUCACCAUUAGCUGCUGCCAAGGCAAAAUUAAGGCAGUUAUACCAUUUUUAAAACAUUACAAUACAGUCACAGGUUUCACAACACACUAUGUGCCCUCAGGCCCCUACUCCACCACUACCACAUAUCUACAAUACAAAAUCCAUGUGUACGUGUGUGUGUGUAUAGUGCGUAUGUUAUCGUGUGUGUAUGCAUGUGUCUGUGCCUAUGUGUGUGUUGCUUCACAGUCCCCGCUGUUCAAUAACGUGUAUUUUUAUCUGUUUUUUUAAAUCUAAUUUUACUGCUUGCAUCAGUUAUUUGAUGUGGAAUAGAGUUACAUGUAGUCAUGGCUCUAUGUAGUACUGUGCACCUCCCAUAGUCUUUUCUGGACUUGGGGACUGAAGAGACCUCUGGUGGCAUGUCUUGUGGGGUAUGCAUGGGUGUCCGAGCUGUGCGCCAGUAGUUCAGACAGCUCGGUUCAUUCAACAUGUCAAUACUUCUCAUAAAUACAAGUAGUGAUGAAGUCAAUCUCUCCUCCACUUUAAGCCAGGAGAGAUUGACAUGCAUAUUAUUAAUGUUAGCUCUCUGUGUAGAUCCAAGGGCCAGCCGUGCUGCCCUGUUCUGCGCCAAUUGCAAUUUUCCAAAGUCCCUUUUUGUGGCACCUGACCACACGACUGAACAGUAGUCCAGGUGCGACAAAACUAGGGCCUGUAGGACCUGCCUUGUUGAUAAUGUUGUUAAGAAGGUAGAGCAGCGCUUUAUUAUGGACAGACUUCUCCCCGUCUUAGCUACUGUUGUAUCAAUAUGUUUUGACCAUGACAGUUUACAAUCCAGGGUUACUCCAAGCAGUUUAGUCACCUCAACUUGCUCAAUUUCCACAUUAUUUAUUACAAGAUUUAGUUGAGGUUUAGUGAAUGAUUUGUCCCAAAUACAAUGCUUUUAGUUUUAUAAAUAUUUAGAACUAACUUAUUCCUUUCCACCCACUCUGAAACUAACUGCAGCUCUUUAAGUGUUGCAGUCAAUUUAGUCGCUGUAGUAGCUGACGUGUAUAUUGUUUAGUCAUCCACAUACAUAGACACAUUCACUUUAAAGCCAGUGGCAUGUCGUUAGUAAAGAUAGAAAAAAAAGUAAGGGGCCUAGACAGCUGUCCUGGGGAAUUCCUGAUUCUACCUGGAUUGUUGGAGAGGCUUCCAUUUAAAGAACACCCCCUAUGUUCUGUUUGACAGUUAACUCUUUAUCUACAAUAUAGCAGGGGGUGUAAAGCCAUAACACAUACGUUUUCCAGCAGCAGACUAUGAUCGAUAAUGUCAAAAGCCGCACUGAAGUCUAACAGAACAGCCCCCACGAUAUUUUUAUCAUACACAAAUGACUGAUGAUUGGCUGAGAGAAAUUUAAAUGCUGUGCUUGUUGAAUGUCCUUCCCUAUAAGUGUGCUGAAAGUCUGUUGUCAAUUUGUUUACUGUAAAAUAGCAUUGCAUCUUGUCUAACACUAUUUUUUCCAAAAGUUUACUAAGGGUUGGUAACAGGCUGAUUACUCCUGAGUGGCGCAGUGGUCUAAGGCACUGCAUCGCAGUGCUAACUGUGCCACUAGAGAUCCUGGUUCAUUAAUGUAGUUGGCAAUAUCAGUCGGUUUUGUGAUGAAUGAGCCAUCUGAUUCAAUGAAUGAUGGAGCUGAGGUUGCCUUUUUUCCCAACAUUUCAUUUAACAUCAACUGUAGCCGUUCAGUGGUGGUCAACUUGUGUCAUAUCUGAUGGUUAGGCCUCUCAGAAGGGGGAUCCCAUGGCUGCCCUGAAGAAACAGCUAGAGGAGAAGGAGAAGCAGCUGUCUACCGAGCAGGAGGAUGCCACUGCUGCCAAGAAUCGACUGAGGGAGCUCACCAAGGUAAAAGACCAUGGGUCCAUCCCAAUAGUAUCUUAUUUUUCCUUAAGUGUACACACAUCUAAAAGCAUUGGAUUGGUGGAGGGAUGGGCUAGUGGGUAUUUCCACCUUAUUUCUUAUACCAGUAAUGUCCUUUAAAAUCAGUGAACUAGUGCACACUUUGAGAGGAAGGAGAGAUAAUUGGGUAAACUGACAUCCUACUGACUUCCAGGCACAGGGUAGAAACAAUGCCAUAAUACACCUUAUUCGACUAAUGAAACGCAUGAUGAUAAGUUGAUGAAUUGAAUUAAUUGUGUUAGUGCUGGGCUAGGUAGCAUCUUAAACAGGUCUUGGCCUCAGUGCAGUAGGCCAGGAUUUGGUAGCUGGUGCUUACUGUAAAUAUCUCCCUGCGGUAUAUUUGCCACUGGCUCACACUGUGCCUGUUGGAACACUCAGGAAGAGAAACAGAUUAACAAACCAAAAAAAGGGGUAGAACAAAAAUGUGCACCCAAGGACCAGGAUUGGGGGAACACUGACUUUAACCAAGUGUUUUUCGCUGAUGUCACUAACGAUCCCCGAUGCCCACACAGGAGCUGAGCACAGAGAAAUCCAAGAUGGCGACGGUCGAGACCCGUCUGCGCUCAGAGCUGAGUGCUCACACUCAGGAGAUAACUGCCCUCCAGGCUCGCAUGCAGGCCUCCUACCAGGACCACGUGGCUAAGACCCAGCAGCUCAACCUCAAGGUCAGAGUUCACGACCCCAUAAACGUCAGGGUCAUUUUCAGGAGGGGUGAUUUAACGUACUGAACAGUCCAGACAGAAAUGCCAUGAAUAGAGCUGACUUGAGUCCUGACUGAAUGUGGAGCUGCUGCUUCCACCACUUUGACAGCAGCCUCUGAAUUUGACAGUAAUAACAUAUUGUGGCCCCAAGGUAACAAUGUGUUGGACUUGUUUGUAAAAGUACAAGACAGACAAGAUGAGAAAAAUCAGCUGUUAACUGUCUGCACAAACAUUUAUGGAAAUAUUUGUUUUUGCUAACACCCCCAUACAGAUAGCGAGCCUGCAGGAGCAGCUGGACAAUGGCCCAGUUGCUCAGCUGGCCCGCUUGCAGCAGGAGAACUCCAUCCUGAGAGACGCCCUCAACCAGGCCACCAGCCAGGCCGAGAGCAGGUAGAUGGGGAAAUAAACAAUACAACUCCUAUUCUAUGGAGAAAUCUGAGUCUUGUUCAGUGGGAAAAAAUUGAGUAAAAUGGGGUGGAACUACCUAGACUUUUCCCAAUAAGAAAUAUUCAUUUUCUUUUGUUGAAACGUUCUGCUAUGGUGUGCCCUAAUGAACACAGCCCAGGUGUGGUCUACUCUUAAAAUGCCCUUUUCUCAAUUCGACUUUACUUGGGGGGGUGGGUAGUUUUAGUUUUACAAUGUAAUGUAAUGAGGUACAAGUGGGUGUAUUGGCUGGCUGGAUGGAUACAUAAUUAAUUCUAGCUUGUACAGACAUGGUCAAGUGACUCCAAAAAUGACCAUGAUUUAUGUAGCAUUUUGAAUAUGUAUCACUAUUUGCUUAUCAUGCCAUUUCAUUUUAUUGUCAAUUAUCACUAAGUAUUAACAUAAUGCAAAAAUAACACAUGCCUAAAGAGCCUGAAUUAUGUCCAUUCUUGGACACCAGCAACUGAGUUAUACAGCUACUCCAUAUCCAAAACUGUCCUAGCCACACUCUACUCAAAUUCAUCAAGUCAAACAAUCUUUCUGACAAGUCCCUCUCCGAUCUCUUUCCCCCUCCAGGCAGAACGCGGAGCUGGCCAAGCUGAGGCAGGACUGUGUUCGUCUGAACCGGGACCUGGGCGAGAGGACGGAAGCCCUGCAGGCUGACAAUGAGCACAGGAAGGUCCUGGAGGCCAAAGUGGCAGCUGCAGAGGAGCAACUUGCCCAGUUCCAG